GAACUUCUGCAUUUCUGAACAACAAAAGAAAAAAAGACAGUGUACAGUCUACUAGUCUACACAGCCUCGUGUCUCUGUGUUCAUGUACACCAGCCGUGUGCCUAAUGGAGUCCAAAGUGGUGCUGAAAAACAGAAACCGGACCAGACACCAAGAAGGUCAGUGCACUUCCAUGCCUCCUCCACAGUUGGGGAAAUUUGAACUAGUGGCUGGAAAUGGGACCAGUGUUGGCACAGUGAUGACCUUAAUUUGCCCUCUUAAUCAUCGUGCCAUCAGCGGUGGCCGGAUUACCUGUGUGCAGGAAAGUAACAUCACAGAAUGGAGCGGGGGUAUCCCAGCAUGUAGAUUGGUCACACAUAUAGAAGGCUUCCGUCUGGCUUUGUUUCUGUCCAUCGUCAGCACAGCCAUCAUAAUGUUGAUGAGCAUAUUCUUCAUCACUUCAUGGUUGCUGGAGCGUUUGAAGAAGGAGGAACUGAGGCGACUAGAAAGGGAAAGAAAGGAGGAAACUGAAAGACUUUGGCACCACUUAGAUGCAGAGGAACAGAGAGAAUAUUUAUAUGCUCAUGAUAGCAAUAUCAACAACAACAACAACAACAACAACAACAGCAAUAGACAAGCACAACAUCCAAGGUGUCAUAAAAAAAACUACCCUGACCCUUUACCCAUCCACCACUCGCAGAGUACUGUAAGACAAAUGCCCCCCCUACCUCCCUGUGUUUAACCAGACACAUUAAUUGUCCAUUACAACCGCAAACUUUCAUCACAAUUUCCUCUUGUUCUCUGUGGGGAGAUAUGACUCUAACUUGGAACAAUCACCAUGGAACUGAGCCAAACCGACAGCAUCAGGCACACAGGAGGGUCAGGUCUCUACUGAGACUGGAAAGACACUGGAGGAGCCACUUUGAAAAGGAUAACGCACACAUGCACCACAAAUCUGGGCUGUAUCAGCAUAAAGAUUGUUCUACAGAAAUUAUUGAUGAACCAGAUUUAUACUUGAUUGAUUAAAAAUCUAUACAUCUAUUGUUAUGAACUGGCAACAAGCCAUUAGCCAUUAGCUUGCCAUUAGCUGAGAAUGAAUAUGUGCGUUAAAACACAACGACAAGAAGGACAACCUGAAAAAAAUCCAAUGAUCAGAUAUUUUUACAUUAGCUGCCAUCAAUUUUACCUAAUAUAUGACUGCAAUUAUUAUAAUUUUUCUUAUAUGUUUUUGUACUGAACUUUAUUUUAAGAAACAUUUCAAUGUACUCUUAUACAUAAAGUAUACUAAUUAUCAUUGCUGGGUCGUUACAAUGAAAUUUGUAUCGUUUAGUUUGUAAUUGUUAAGCCAUGUGAUGAAAAGUUGAUAUUUGGGCAUCGUAAAAAAAUACAGUGAGAAACAUAGACUUUCUUGUAAUUACAAGGUCUCAUGAGUAAGUGUCCACAAACUUUGGAGUAUGUGACCAAAAUAAAAUAAGGUAAUAGUAGUAUAUUACUAUCAGAGCAAAGGUGUGGUAUACUGAUAGAUGUGACAUCUUGAAACUAAUUCAUCUGUGUGUAUAUACAUUAUAUAUAUUCUAUAUUUUGGAAAGAUUGAUUAAAACUAGUCAUUAAUACAGAA